AUGGUAAAGAAGACUGUUCUGAAAGUUGAUAUCUCAUGCCAUAAAUGCAGGAAGAAGCUUCUUAAGGCAAUCUCUGGACUACAAGGAGUAGACAAGAUAGAGGUGGAUGCUGGUAAGGGAACUCUAUCAGUAACCGGCGAUGCCGAUCCGUACGAGAUUAUUGUUCGAACGAGAAGAGUAGGGAAACAUGUAGAGCUGGUGAGCGUAGGGCCUCCUCCACAACCUCCAAAGGAACCCCAAAAGAAGCCUGAAGAGAAGAAGGCUGAACCCAAGAAAGAUGAUAAGAAGACCGACCCGUUGAUAAUGCCCCACUUCCACAAUCCCUUAACAUGUCCUGUCUGUCAGCAAAUGCAUGUCGUCUAUACAGAGCCCAACACAGGAUGCUCUAUCAUGUAA